CAAGCAGACUUGCAGUUUUAGCCCAAAAAGAAACAACAAAACCCAUCCUUAUUUCAAAAUCUCCUAAAUUCCCUCUCUGAUGGACCUUCCCUCGUUUUCCUCUCAAACAACCGUCGUCACCGACGAGUGGGAGCUCUGCAACGGCGAUGGAUUCAUCUACAAACGCGAGAAACGCCGCCACGUUCUUACCGAACCAUCUUGUUGCCGGUUAAUCCCGAGGAAGAAGAGAAACGAAAGAGAGAGUGGAAGAGGAAAACUCUUCUCUAGGUGAAGGAGAAGUAGAAUAAAGAGAUGAAGCAGUGGGAGGCUUUGGAGAACGCUUUGAAGUCAAUGCAAGAGAAGGCUUUAGAUUUUCAAUUUCAACAGCAAGAAAGAAGGAAAUCAAGGGAGAAAGAAGAGGAAAAGGGAAUCGCGUCGUUCUCAGGGUCGGAGAACAUAGAUAAGGAUAAGAAGGAUAACGACUUUGGCUCUUUGGUUGAUGAGCUUCUUUUGCUGGUAAAUUAUGGAAUUAAUUUUGUUACCCUUUUUUCUCAUGAAAUGGUAAUUCAUAAUGUUUCGAAUCUGUGUGACAUGGCAGAAGCAGUAUGUGAUGAACAGGAGCAGCAAAUGAAGCAAUCUUAUUUCGAUCUUCAUGUUUGGGCAUUGCUUUGUGAUGAGGCAAGCUUGAAGGUUUGGAAAUUAAGAAGUUUUGGCUGGGUAUAUCUUCUCAAGGUAAGUAAAAGCCCUCUUGGUGUGCAUUUGGGAUGUUAUGGCAUGGUAAAUAUAGUUGUGCCAUGUUCUGCAUUUGGGUCAUGAUGGUACCAGCCAGGAUGAGAAUUUUGUGUUCCCAUGCAACUUUGACACAGCGGUGUGAUUGAACUUCGACACAUGAAGAAUGAGCUUGAAAAAAAUUGCAUUUCUCGUGUAAAAUAGUCUUUUGCAUUUUGCACGCUAGCAAGUAUUUUAUAAACUGCAAUCUACAAGUAACAAUGCCACUAAUUAUAGAGACUAUUGGAAAUUGUUCUCUCUUUCUUGCGGUAGAAAGGAAUCUGCAGCCCCGGAUGGGUGAAAAGCUGUAGAUACCAGAAUUUAAACAUCAAACAUUAGACAUAUUUUUUUAAAAAUGGUUUCAUGAACCAAUAAGAUUAAGUUACAAUUUGGAA